UCAGCGGCGCUGCUGCAUUCCACAAAUCGGAUCCACUGGUCGGUGUCCUGAAUAGGCUUUAUGGUUUUCUUAAAUUGUUUCACAUCACAUGAACGGGCAAAAAUGCACACAAUUCCAGAAACGGAGCACAUAACCACCCUCCAAACUAAUUGUUUCCCUCCUUCUCCAACCAGCAAAAGUGGAAGAAAAUAGCUCAUAGCCUACACAGGACACUUGAGAAUUCAGUCCAAUAGUUUUUUUUUGUAGACAAGGCAGAGUAAAGGAUCUAAAGAGGAUACAGAUUUCUAACGCGAAGGAAGUAGGCUACCGGUAAAUGAUUGGUACCUGCAUGUGUCCGCUGAUGUUUUGCACGGGGUCUACACCGCAGAACGCUCUUUCACCUUGGAAGGAGAGUGAAGCCUGCCAUCCUAUGCCUUCUCAAAGGCCCCUAUGAGAAAGGCCUCUAACGAGGAGGGGAUUUUCUCAGACAAUCCAGCUCUUUUAGCAGAGGAUGGAGGGUACACAGGCCGAGGCUCUGGGGUCCACCCAGGCUGAAGAGGCUGAGUCCCUCACCCCAGGGAAGACAUCACCAACCGGGGAAAGGGAGGCAGGACCCUGCAAGCGCAAUGGACUCAUCAACACCCACAGCCUGAUGGUGGAGACGAAGGAGGGACUGAUGUCUGUCUACUCUGCCCCUAAUUACCAAGGCCACGUGGUGGUCAACCUCUCCCCCCAGCAGGAGCAGAAUGGGAGCGGAGGAGGACGGGGUCCACCACAGUUGCUCAAUCCCAGCGCUCUGCCCCAGAGCAUGGACCCCCGCUUCAGACCUAACCUCAUCCUGUACUCUGAGAACAUGCUGCGGGCCUGGGGAGAGGGUGGGGACUGCUGCGAGACUACCUUCAUUGAGGACCUGGCCUCCGGCUCCUCCUCUGCCUCGGUUCCCAAGGACGCUCUUUUUGCAGACGGGAAGUUCCUGGAUCUUUCUGUGGAGGAGGCCAAGAUACACACCCUGUCAUAUGACAUAGACGACGAUGAUGAGUUCCAGGAGCUGGAGAGUGACUACUCGAGCGACUCGGAAAGUGAGGACAACUUCCUCCUGAUGCCGCCCAGGGACCACCUUGGCCUGAGUGUCUUCUCCAUGCUCUGCUGCUUCUGGCCCCUGGGGAUCGCUGCCUUUUACCUGUCUCAUGAGACGAACAAGGCGGUGUCAAAAGGGGACUUCCACCUGGCCAGCUCCAGCUCCCGGCGAGCCCUCUUCCUGGCUGUUCUGUCGAUCACCAUUGGGACAGGCAUCUACGUGGGCGUGGCGGUGGCCCUCAUUGCAUACCUCUCCAAAAACCACCACUUGUAACCUUGCACUGCCAAGCCCACGCCCCCCCCCCCCCCCCCCCCACACUGCAUGGUUGGCUGGUUGUGCCAGGGGUGUGGCUCACCCACGGGCAAUCAGAAACACUUCUGCAAAUCACAGGACAGUGGAGUUCUGCCAUGACUCGAUGAAGAACGACAUACUCAUUGUAUGUCACAUGAGAGGGGAUGUGACAUGGACGAAAACCGUCUGUUAACUGUCAAGUUAUUCUCUUAUUUUGACAAACCGUCCCAUGAACUGUAAACUGUUUCUGGCCAUUUCUCCUCAUGACGACAGAUGGUUCUGUUUUAGCCAUGUCUCUCCGAGUUGUGUUUCGGUUUUGCCAUAAAACUGCACAUGUUGACAACGUAUCCGUCCUAAGAGCAUAUGUUUACAGGAUGUUCUCUCUAAACACUCGACCAGUGAGUUGUGGAGCUGGGUGUUUUAUGGCCUGAUAUAUGCACCACCCUAUCACUCAUGUUUGGCAGCUCCUGUCAAGAAUUAUGAGAGUGGAUUAAAGGGCUGCUAAUGCUGUCAGUUAUUUACACACCCAGUCCACUUUCAUUUACACUGCUCCUGAACAUUUCCAUAGCAUAUCAGACUUUGUUGGUUGUGCAAAUCCGUGUGUACAUAGUCUUUAGCCUACUCACACUGGGUUGUUAAAACGUAUUGUUUUAAGUUCCAUGUAUGGGCAAUAGGUUUCUGUGUGAGAAGCCGCCAUGCUUGUAUUGUCUCCUUGUCAGUUUUAUAAUGGGAGCAUCCCUACAGCACAACAAUAUCACAUACAGUAUAUGUCACCCGCCUACAGUUUGGAGGGAUAACCUUACAAUGUUUUGGUUCUGUCAGUUGGAAAAAAUGCACCUGGCUGCAUCUCCUCUGACAGAAGCUGCUUACGCAGAGAUACUCUGGUGUUGAUAUGCACAAAUCAAUAGGGGAAGAGUCCUUGAGGGCUGCAGGAGCCAUAGCUGUAUAUACCUUGUGAUUACUAUUGUUUAUACAAGACACACAGGAAGGGAAGACAUGCGAUGUUGAAACUGAUGUAUAGAUCUAUGUUGCUGCUGUAUACUGCUAUGUCACAGUUUUAAGAGUUCAAUCAGUGUUUUUUCGAUUUGCUAAUUAAAUGUUGUAUUUCAUUUAA